AUGCUUUUUGUGUUCGCAUUAACUUAUUUAAAAAAUCCUUUGAGAAAUCCAUGGGCCCAGAAAUUGAAACUGGAACCACCGAGUAAAUUAACCGAUCCAAAAUACGGAGUGCAUAAAUCCCUGAAAGUUAAUAACAUAGUAAUCCAUUACGUCGAGAGUGGCAACCCAUCGAAACCUCUGAUGCUGUUUCUACAUGGUUUUCCCGAGUUCUGGUAUUCAUGGAGACAUCAAAUUGUGGAAUUUCAAAAGGAUUACUGGUGCGUUGCCUUGGAUAUGAGGGGAUACGGAGACUCGGCGAGACCCGAGGGUGUUUCUUCAUACAAAAUUGAUAUCUUGAUUGAAGAUGUUAGAGACCUCAUUCGUCAAUUAGGUAGCCAGAAAUGUAUAUUAAUUUCUCACGAUUGGGGAGGUGUGAUAGCUUGUCGAUUCCGCGAUAAAUAUCCUGAUAUGUUGUCUGCUCUCAUCGUGCUAGCUAGCGUCUCUUCCACAGCCUGGUGCCGUGAGAUUUGGACCAAUCCUAUUCAAAGAAAACAGUCUUGGUAUGUAUUCCUGUAUCGGGCGCCUCUUAUAGCAGAAAAAGCUUUGGCUAUGAAUGACCUAGCCAUGUACGAGACAUUAAUGCUAUUUCCAGGCAAGAGCUCAACCGAUAAAGACGACAUCGAUUGUUAUAAAUAUUGGUUCCGUAAGCCAUAUGCUCUGACGCCACCCAUUAAUUACUAUCGAGCGAAUUUCCGUUUUGACAUCCCAGACAUUGAAGAGCACAAAGAAAAUGUUCCAAUGCUAGUCGCUCACGCUGAGAAUGACAACUACCUUAGCCACAGCAUGCUCGAAACUAUGAAGAAGGAGUACAGCUCUAUAGAAACCACUGUUGUGAAAGGAACUGGACACUUUCUUCAACAAGAAGACCCCGAGAAAGUUAACAUACUCAUCAGAGACUUUCUUGCGAAACAUAAUAUGUAA